CGUACAGCGUCUCGUAUCGUUUCUGUGUUGCAUACAAAUUGUCGAUUUAAUUGUGUUCGAAUUGUUUUGUGUUCGCUGCCUAUUAAGAAGAGGACAUUGUCAUUUACGUUGUAGUAAGGCCGAUUAGGAAACCGUUAUUAUUUUAGUUAAUUAAUUACAUUCGAGAGGAAUAAAGAAUAUACCAGAAAUUAUACGUAAGAAUGACGGUGACCUACUCACGCAACGUCGCUUUGAGCCAGAAAAGCUUCAGUGUCUUCCUCAAGCUGCUCUUCAGAUGGCGUGGCAGCGUCUACAAGUUGGUGUGGCGAGACUUGGUCGUUUUUACCCUCGUUUACGCCGCCCUAUCACUGGUCUACAACUUUGCCUUACAAGACGGCGGGAAAAGGCUGUUCGCAAAUGUGGUCACGGGAGUUAGGGAGAAUGGCAGGAUCGAAGUGAGUUCCCUGAUAUUCGUGCUCGGUUUCUACACGUCUCACGUGAUGCAGCAACGCCAUGCCUUCUACAGCGUCAUCCCCUGCACAGACGCCUUCGCCAUGGCGGUGUCAGCUGCACUCAGGGGCAGGGAUAGCCACGUGUUGAGGCUACGCCAGACUCUAGUGCGGUAUGCUAACUUGGCCUGCACCCUCACGCUCACCAACAUCUGCCUGCCUCUCAAGAAGCGAAUGCCCACUGCCAAGCAUUUCAUUGAAACAGGUUUUAUGACAGAACAAGAAAGUGAAAUUAUACAAAAUCUGGACCCUAAAGCCAAAGGCUUCGGUCGCACCUACUGGGUACCUCUUGUGUGGGCCACAAACGUGAUCACUAGAAGCGAGACGUACGUUGGGGAUAGAGAGAAAACUACUGAAAUCAGCGGCCUCAACACCAGCAGGAUGUUGGAUGAACUGCACAAACUGAGCAGAAGCUGUAACCAGCUCAUGAGCCAUGAUCAAGAGAUUAUCCCGCUCGUCUACACUCAGAUGGUCACGCUCGCUGUGUACUUGUACGCCCUGGGGGCUGUGAUUGCGGGACAGUUCCUGGACGGGGACCAUACAACAGAAGGCUUAAACUACAACUACUACGUGCCAGCUGCACUCCUACUUCAAAUUGGCUUCUACUGCGGCUGGUUGAGGGUCGCAGAGACCCUCAUCAACCCUCUGGGCGAAGACGACAAUGACUUUGACAUAAAUCCGAUAAUAAACAGAAACAUUACAGUAUCGCGCCAGAUCAUCGGCAAGCACGGUAUGUGCCCCGAGCAGUUCGCCGAGGAUGAGGUUGACUACUUCACAAACAAAUGGCCACGCAAUGAACUGCCUUACACUGUCGCCUCAAAAACCUUCGAUAAGGAGCCUUAUCGCGGAUCAUUUGCCGAGUAUGAAGUCAGAUCAGAAAAGCAGAAGUUUGUGGUUAGCUUCGAACCUGACCAAGUCGACAUUGAAAUGAUGACAUUACAGGAGCCAGAAGACGAUCAAGUGAGCCGUAAGGGAGUUUUGCCGUCUGUUCUCCGGCGCCGAAAGUCACGAAAAACCACCCGCCACCUGAGACCAAGAAUGAAGACGGUGAGCAUUGAGGAGCUGGAGCAGCAGCGAAAACGACAAACUAAAGUUGAGAGACAAACAGAAAAGUGUUAGAAAAGACGAAGGUUCCAUGCCAGAUUCCGAGAAAGUGCCAAUGAUAACUUGAGCAGGACCAUAUGGAAAAUUUGUUACACCUUUCAAUGAAAUUUACAAAUGUCGAUAUUAUAAUGAUUCUAAUACCA